GAGUUCCACUGAGAAGUCCAUGAUCAUUGGGCAAGGGACUUUGCUCAGUGAUAAUAGGGCUCCUUGGUCGACAGACGGAAGUAUUUCACCAGACAUUAGAUAGCUGUCUCUGCACUGCUGAAAGGUACUGUUUUGAAACUAAACCCCACACUGUCCAGACAAUCUGGUGCACCGUGUUCUCCGUAAUCUCCUAUUUUUCACCUGACAAAAGGGAAAAAAGAGCCACAGGUCCAAGAGGAUAAACUGAGCAUGGAGGUCAGGUACAACCAAGAGACAGAAGGGAAGGGGCUGAAGAAUGGACUACAGAAGGGGAAAGACGACAAGGACUCCCAAGGAAGCCUGUCCAAAAGCUUCAUGAAGGAGCAGCAGGACUCCUUUUCUGCCUCUGGGACCGUGGACAACUGCGAGAAGAGCAGGGGGAGCACGGGGGACCCGGACUACUGCCGGAGGAUACUGGUCCGAGAUGCUAAAGGCUCUAUCCGAGAGAUCAUCCUUCCGAAGGGUCUGGAUCUGGACCGGCCCAAGCGGACCCGCACCUCCUUCACAGCGGAGCAGCUGUACCGGCUGGAGAUGGAGUUCCAGAGGUGUCAGUACGUGGUCGGGAGGGAGCGCACAGAACUGGCCCGGCAGCUCAACCUGUCUGAAACUCAGGUAAAGGUCUGGUUCCAGAACCGGCGCACUAAGCAGAAGAAGGACCAGGGGAAGGACUUGGAGCUGCGCUCGGUGGUCUCAGAGACCGCGGCCACCUGCAGUGUGCUCAGACUGCUGGAGCAGGGCCGUCUGCUGACCCCCCCGGGCCUGACGGGCAUCCUGCCCCACUGCGGCUCGGCCCUGCGCCCCCCCUCCAUGGCCCUGGCCAGCAACAGCAGCAGCAGCAGCAGCAGCAGUGGGGGCAGCACGGGCACGGCGGGGGGCAGCCCCCCCCUGCCCGCCAUCAGCAGCUCAGGGACAGUGGCCGGCCUCUUCUCCUUCCCCAUGCCCUCCUUACUCAGCGGCGUGGCCAACCGCAUGUCCUCCAACCCCCUGUCCAUGGCCGGCUCGCUGGCGGGUAACCUGCAGGAACUUUCCGCCCGCUACCUGAGCUCCUCUGCUUUUGAGCCUUACUCGCGGACCAAUGGCAAAGAAUCCAUGGACAAGAAGAUUCUGGAAUGAUGCUUUGUUUUCACACAGACAGAUUCCUGUUUCCACUGGACACAUUUUUUUUUUUUCUGGCUUUCACUGUCUUUGUUUGGUUUUGCUCAUUCUCUUUCAUCUGUGUCUGUUAUGUUCUGUAGCAGUUCAUGUAUUCCAGUUGCACAUCUGGCGUCUUACAAGCACAAGCUCAUCUAACAAAGACAGGGGGGCGAUGGAAAGAUUUUGCACAAAAUGUUAGCGUAGGUCUGUGUUACAGAGGUUUAGAAUGACCCUGACACUCUGGGGGAUCUUUCAGGUUGCUGGCAAACAUGUUUAGUCCUAUCUAUGAAUCCCAAAAUAAGAAUACACACAGGCAGAGAAUAUGGCUUCCUAUACCACAAAAGCUCUAUCGCUGAAAAAGAAGUGGUAAAUACUGUAAAGCAGGAAGUAUAGGAUUGGUGACAGAAAGUGUAAAGCAACGAUACCUUGCCGGCCGUGUUUCAAUCAAUGAAUUUGUUGGGUCACUAAAGUGAGUAGAAAGCGAGUUGUCAAACACUUGAGCAGCGGUUUGUUGGAUCUAAUCAGCAAAUUAAAAGAAAGUUAAUUCAAAACGCAGCAUUAUGAAUAAGUCCAAUUUUUCAUCACAGAAUUGUGGGAUAAAAAAAAGACCCUCUUAAUAAGGUCACUGCAAGGCCAGCGUAAGCACAGACUCAAUGCAUCUGACAUGUCAAUGCAAAAUGCUUACGAAGAUACCUCGCAAAAAUGAAUCUUACAAAAAUAUAUUUUAUAUAUCCAUCUGUAUUUGGACCAAACUAAAACGUAAUCUAUAGAAGGUGUUGUCAUGCAGUUUGAUGGUUUAAUUGUCAGUGUUGUUUUCUCUAUGGUUUGGAAAGGAUUUUAACAUUUUCCAGCAAAAUUCUUCACUUUGUGGCAUUUUCGUCUUCAAGAUGCAGUACCUGAAUAUUUUUGUGUGUGAUUUUAACACCACUGUGAGUUUCAGAGUAUUUGUGUACAGUUUCAAUUCCAUGCAGAAGCUCGGCAAGGGAAUGAGUGUCUGAAAGGGAGCAGCUUUUCAGCAUUAGUAAGCUGCUUGCUUUGUUCAACACUACAAGGUAACAGGAUAUUCAAACAUUAGGACAAUUCAAUAACCGUUCCUUCCUGUGUGAACAUUUCAAAACCCACAGCCUUCAACAUUUUGGGCAGGCUGAUGCAUGUGGAGACGGAAUGGAAUUAUUGUAGUAUAAAAUUACUGGAAAUGAGAUAUGUACCUUAAAAUUGUUAUUUUAUUGUAAAUUAUUAACUUCUGUAUCUAAUAGAUUAUUAGUAUAUCUGGAAAAUAAUGGAUGAAUGAAUGUAUUAGCGGGGUUGAGGAACCAAUCAAAAGCUCUUUGGUGCUGUUGUUGUGAAAUAUCUUGAAAUGUGUGAACCGUGUGGUACAAUGUGCAUAUAUAUUAUGUAUGGCUACAGACAAAGACAAGUGUUUUUAAUUUUCUUUCAUACAUGUUGCUGUGAAUCAAGUUAUGAUAAAAUUCAUGAC